AUCGUUUUUAUUUCGUUCCGAAGCGUCCACGUCUCAAAGGGCGGAGUGAGUUUCUCUAAUGCACACGUAGACUAAACCACUACAUCAGUCCGAGAUCACACACCUCCUUGAUCUCUUUCGCUCCGACUUUUCUUCUUUUUCUUUAAUAAAACAACAGCAAAAGAUGGUGGCUAAGCAGAGGAUUCGCAUGGCGAAUGAGAAACACAGCAAGAACAUCACUCAGAGAGGCAAUGUGUCCAAAUCUACGAGAGUCUCUCAAGAAGAGAAGGCAGUGGUGGGACCCUGGCUUCUUGCCUUGUUCGUCUUUGUAGUAUGUGGAUCAGCGAUAUUCCAGAUCAUUCAGAGCAUCCGGAUGGGAAUGUGAGCAGUCAUCGGCAUUGUACAUCAGUUUGUGCUCUUCUCCCGGCUUUCCUGAAGAUCACUUGAUCAGUCCUCUUUUCUUAUUUAAUCUUUAUCUUUCACCACAACACCACAGUCUCUUGUGCCUUACUCUAAAGCUGGAGGAACAUUAUCUUCUGAAACAUUACAAUAUUGCUGGCAAUAAACUCAAAUGACUGUGAACUUUUUCUGUGGAAAAAAACACAUGUUUGUUUAAAUGAAAUGUUGCAUUGAAUUUUCUAUGUUGUAGGUUUUGGACCAGUUCAUGUUCAUUGUUAACAUUAUUCGGUACUAUGCACCUUUGGUUGGAUUUUCCUCUACAUGUAGAGCUGAAUUUGUGUUCUUUGACUACUUUGACAAGGAAGCAAAGGUCCACAUAUUCAGUUGUAUGUGUAGAGAACAUGAAAAACAAUAAAAAAGACUUUUAAAAUGUC